ACAGCUGUGACGAGCUAAAAGCUAGUUAGCAAUCAUUUGUUUUUGUCGAGUGUGUCAGCGACUUCAGCCGUUCCUUGAGCAAACCGCUAUCGUACAACCCCGGAGUGACCGACUUGUUGUCUGUCAUCUCUUUUAACGAUGAAGUUUCAGUACAAAGAGGAGCACCCUUUUGAGAAAAGGCGGUCCGAGGGCGAGAAAAUAAGAAAGAAGUAUCCGGACAGGGUACCAGUAAUUGUGGAGAAAGCCCCCAAAGCCAGAAUAGGAGAUCUGGACAAGAAAAAAUACCUUGUCCCCUCCGACCUGACAGUGGGCCAGUUUUACUUCCUCAUCCGGAAAAGAAUCCAUUUGCGAGCUGAGGAUGCUCUCUUCUUCUUUGUAAACAACGUCAUUCCACCCACCUCAGCUACCAUGGGACUGUUGUACCAGGAGCAUCAUGAAGAGGACUUUUUCCUCUACAUUGCCUACAGUGAUGAAAGUGUGUAUGGGAGCAGCCAAAGGGAAAUCUGAUCCCACUACCAACCCCUCCAACCACUACCCACCUUUCUGAGACCUCCACCAUUCAUUCAUCUAAAUAUUAAAUCCAGCUCAGCAGCCUAGAGUUCCGAGAGUAAAUAUGUCAAAUGCACUUUCACCCCCCCAUACAUGACCCCUCUCCCAACCAUUUAUGUCUUUAUUAUUCUGCAGUCUGAAUUGUAUUUGCCUCGACUCACAGUAGCGACUUGCAUUAAGUGGUCUCGUGGCCAGUUAUUUUUCUAGUGUCAUAAUUGAUCAUACUUUACUGAACACUGAAUAACAAAAUAAUGUUAGAACUAGGCCGUAAUUAUUAUAGUUACCCCAGAGUUAAGGGAAGAAAGGCAUAGUACGUGAGUUCAAAUCACCUCUUCUUGACAAUGAAGAUAGUUGUCUGCUUUUGUUGGCUUUCAGGAGGAUAAAGUGUGUUAUGAGUUAAGGGAAUGAAAGUUAAUAGCAUCUACCCGUUGAAGGCAGGUUAUUUUCUGUCUCUGGCAGAGUAAAGGAUAACUGUUUUGCAGCAGUUCUUUUCCUAGAUGAUACUGAAGUGGCUAGGUAAUUUUUUUAAAAAUUCACCAGGUACUGAAGUCCAUGAAUGAACCUGACCUUAGCAAGGAGCAUAAUAGAAUUCAGACUUAACAAUCAUCCUCUGCUUUCAGUGAUAAGACUAUUAUGUUGACUGCUACUAUGAUUAUUGUUGUUGUUAUUGUUAAUUUUAGAUGGCUUAAUUUCUGAAGGUAUUGUAAAGCUGAGUGCAAUUUUCUCUUUUUUUUAAGUUUGUCUCCUUUUUUAAAAAAGAAAAAAAAGAUUUGAACUCUGUAUACAGCUGCAUUACUGGCUCUUUCUCUCCACUCAUGACCAUACAUGAUAAAAUGUGAUGAAAAGCUA